AUGCCUGAAGAGACACUUGCCUUCUGCCUUCGCCAGGUGGUUGAAGCCUUGGUGGCGUUUCACUCCCUCGGCAUCCCCCACGGCCGUGUGCACACCAGCAGUGUGUUUGUUCCCGAUGAUGGCGUUGUGAAGCUGGCCGGGACCUCGUUCCUGGAUGGCGAAGGGGAGGGAGGGGAGGGGGGAGGGGAGGGAGGAGGGGAAGAGGGAGAGGAGGGAGGGGAAGGGGGGAGGGGAGGAAGCAAGGUGCCGUGGUGUUCUCCUGAGGAGAUCAGAAAGGAGACAGUGGGAGCAGCAGCAGACAUAUGGGCAGUGGGCUGUUUAGCAGUGCACAUGGCAACGGGAGCAUUACCAUGGGCGCAAGUGGGGGACGAGGACCAAGUGCGGCUCUUCAUAGCACACAGCAGGGCUCUGCCAGACCUGCCGCCCGAUUCCUCGCCGCAGCUCAUUGAUUUCGUCGCGACCUGUUUGGACCGGGAUCCGUCGCGCCGCCCGACCGCCGCCCGGCUCGUCGACCAUCCUUUUCUAGCGGCAUGCUAG